AUGUCCAACAAUAGCAGUAAGAAUUUGUAUGGAGGAUUGAAUCAAAAGAUAGAUUAUGUGUUCAAAGUGGUGCUGAUAGGAGAUUCAGCUGUGGGAAAAUCACAGCUUUUGGCUCGCUUUUCUCGGAAUGAGUUCACAGUUGAUUCCAAGGCCACCAUUGGUGUUGAGUUCCAAACUCGUACCCUAGUUAUUGACCAAAAGACCAUUAAGGCCCAGAUUUGGGAUACUGCGGGCCAGGAAAGGUACAGGGCAGUGACAAGUGCAUAUUACAGAGGUGCUGUGGGGGCUAUGUUGGUCUAUGAUAUCACCAAGCGCCAGACAUUUGAUCAUAUUUCCCGUUGGUUGGAGGAGUUGCGUGGCCAUGCUGAUAACAACAUUGUCAUAAUGCUUAUAGGAAACAAAACAGAUCUGGGUUCCCUACGAGCUGUAUCCACUGAGGAUGCUAAAGAGUUUGCUGAGAGGGAAGGCCUUUUCUUUCUGGAAACCUCUGCUCUUGAGGCUCUUAACGUUGAAACUGCCUUUCUUACGGUUCUCACUGAGAUAUACCAUGUUAUAAACAAGAAGGCCCUUCUCGCUAAUGAUAAAACUGAGGCUGCUGGUAAUUCUUCCCUUAAAGGCAAAAGAAUCGUUCUUUCAGGACAGGACCAAGCAUCUGCUGGAAGAAUGUUCAGCUGCUGUACGUCUUCAUGAUCUUCUUUGCUUUCUCGUUGCUGGUACAUUUUUACCUUUGCCACCACAUUUUGAAGUUUCUCCUUAACAAUAUCGCUAUCCUAAUGUCCUGACGAUGAUAUCAGUGUCUAUUCGACUUUUUCCAGACAUUAAACCCCACAGCAAAUAGAAUUCUUGGAGAUUUCCUUAUUUUAGCAGUCUCUUUUUUGCUUUUGACAAUUUCAUAGAUUAUAAAGUUCAUGCUCUUACAAUCUCGUUAUUCCUUUUUGACAUUUUUGUAGAAUAUGAAUUGAUGUUCAGAAUAUGGGUUGUCGCGUUAUAAUUUAUAUAAUAUGUAAUCACGUCAAGCACCCCUUUGUCAUUGCAGCAAGAAAGGAAAUCAUAUUCAAUCACGAUAUUAAACUGCA